GUAACUCCGACCCGCGAGGCAUAAGUAAUCGGUCGUAGAUAGCAGGAUCAUUGACACCCGAAAACAUGGCGGAUAGCAAGGAUCCUCUAAGACAGCUGAAGGAUCUUGCAAUACUGAAGGAUCAGCUAGAGGACAUUCAGAAGCGGGUUGAGAGUGAAGUCCAUGCGGGAAUACCACAGGGGAGCACUGUGCUGUCCUCUCCCUUCCUGAAAGGAUUCCUAGCUGGAUACGUCGUGGCGAAGCUCCGCUCCUCUGCGAUCCUCGGAUUGCUUCUGGGAACCUGCACAGGGAUAUACAUGGCACAAAACUACAAAGUACCCAAUGUUGAGAGCACCCUCAAAGACUACAUCAACUCCACCAAGAAAAGGCCCAGCUAACAGCGUGCUGGCCAGCCUGCUCCUCUCCGGAGAGGAAAGCACAGCCAGGUUCAUGUCAAAAACUGAAUUCCACCCUAUUUUCUUCAUUGUUACAGUGCUAUACUAUUGGUAUCAUGUUGGAUUUUCAUUCAAAGUGUUGGAAGAACUAUAUUCAGCUGAAUUUAUAAGCAGUCAUUACUAGAGGCAAAAUGUACAGUAAUCCCUACACAUUUAUAAUGUGUGCAAUGUUUUUAUUGCGAUGUUUUUCAUAUAUCUGCAGAGAAAACAAAACUUCUUGAGUCUGGUCAGAGUUUUAACUGAAAUGAUAUAAAACAGUGUUUACUUGCCUGA